UCCGAGCAGCGGAGGCAGACAUGAGGCAGUGGUGAGUGCCCGGCGGAGAGCUGCGGAGCUGAAAUGAAGCGCACACGCGGAGCGGCUCACACCGUGCAGUUCCGUGCGGCUCAGGAAGAGGCUCCGCGCCGCUCAAGCUGAAGGCUGCUCCGGCUGAGUGAAGGGCUCCGUCCAUGCGGAGGCUAGCGCUCAUUCUGCUGCCCUGUGCUGUCGCCGUCCUGGUGCACUUGUGGUUGGCACAACGACCCUCCUCCACCCCGCCGGACAAGAUCACAUACUCGGAUGAGGCAUUACCUUUCUAUGAAGUUUUGGUGGGAGUGCUGUCAGCGCGACACCAUUAUGAACUGCGACAAGCGAUAAGGGAGACUUGGCUGGGCUACCUCCGAGAUCACCCCCACUUCCAGCACAGAGUGGGGGUGAAGUUUAUUGUGGGCAAACAUGGCUGUCCCAUUCCAGAGGAGGACAGAGAGGAUGCUUACUCUUGCUCCCUGCUCAACUUCACUGAACCAGUGGCAGGCCAGGAUGAAGAGAUAGAGAUCGUGACGGUGUCCGACCCCUCGGUGCUCGCCCCCUCUGACGUGUCGGCCAUCGCCCUGGAUUUCAAGGUCCUUCACCCGGUGGUGAUCACCAGGCUGGGGGUGUUUCCCAGCGGGACCCAGCCUGAGUUCCAGAGCAAUGUGACGGUGAAGCUUCUCCAGCUCGACCAGGAGGAGGCUGUGGUCACUGCUCGCUUCAGUGCCAUCAGCACAGGGACCAUGUUGAACGGGGUGUGGUACAAACCAGUGGAGCAGUUCAUCCUGCCCAAGGGCUUUGAGGGGACGCUGGUUUGGCAGAAUUUGGACUCUGCUGGACUGAGCAUAAUCAACUCGUCCUCCGUGCAGCUCAGUGAUGGAGGAGGUGUCCUCAAGAUCUCCUCUAUCGCAGAGGGCAUAUUGCCUCAUAGGAGCGCGCUUGGAUUUCCCGGUCUGGCUGGAGGGUUCACAUUUACUAUCUAUGAUGGAGAUGGCUUGUCGGGGCUCCUGCGGGGCCGCCCAGCCAGAAUGGAGCACCAUGCCUCCAGACUGAGGCAGGAGGACGCUGCCUUGCAGCAGGAGAGCCUCACGCACGGGGACAUGGUGUUUGUAGACGUGGUAGACACCUACAGGAACGUGCCUUCCAAACUGCUUCAGUUCUAUAAAUGGUCUGUGGGAAAUGCUGACUUUAAUCUGCUGCUGAAGACUGAUGAUGAUUGUUACAUCGAUGUGGACUCAGUAUUAAUGAAGAUUGACCACAAGGGUCUCAAGCGUCGCAAUUUCUGGUGGGGGAAUUUCAGGCAGAGCUGGGCAGUGGACCGCAUUGGGAAGUGGCAGGAGCUGGAGUACGCUAGUCCAGCCUACCCGGCGUUUGCCUGCGGCUCAGGCUAUGUGGUCUCUCGUGACCUGGUCCAGUGGCUCGCCAGCAAUGCAGAUAAACUGAAGGCCUACCAGGGCGAAGAUGUGAGCAUGGGGAUAUGGAUGGCAGCUGUUGGACCGCAGAAAUAUCAGGACCCCGGCUGGCUGUGUGAGAAGGAGUGCUACGUGGACAUGCUGUCGUCUCCCCAGCACACGGCCGAGGAGCUGCGCGUCCUCUGGGACAGGAAGAGGGCUUGCGGGGACCCCUGCGGUUGUCCCUGGGGCCACUAAAGCUGGCUCACACCGCGCUCACCAGGUGGCGCUGUGGGUAAAAUGCACUCAACACUAGAUGUCAGCUCAGUUUUUUUUUUUUUGGUUUCCUUAAAACCCCAAGCCAAGUCAUUUCAGACUUUUAUCAGUUAUUAUUAUAUGAUGAGAAAAAAAAACUAUAAGAUUUUUGAAAUGUUGGAAAAUCUUAAUCUUAAAAACUUUGAGACUGCAGGUUCUUAAUGUUAACAAAAAUACUGUGCCAACCAUUUGCAGCUUCAGAAUAUGUUAAACACUCUCAUUUAGCGGUAGCAUCUUAGCAGCACUUGUGUCAUGAGCUUAAUUCAAUUUGAGAAACGACAUUUGAGUUCAAUUUGGGAUUGAAAGCAUCGUGUCUGGAAAUGAAAAAUGAGGAGAAAGACUGGAUUAAAAGAUGUUUUAGUAAUGCAGUGUAAACUUUUUGGUAAACUGACAGGGACGGACAAGAGCCACGUGCAAUACCAGCGUGCGAUGGUCAUCGUGUACAGAAUCAUUGCUGUAAAACCUGAGUACUUUGUAAAAUAAUUAUCGGUACUUGAAUACUUGAAAGACUUAAAUGUUUUGAUUUUAAAAGGGACAUUUGAUGGAAUUUUAAAGAUUGCUUUACGUAGCUAUAUUUUGUAAAUUAUUGUCUUUUCAUCCCCUUCACUAUUUGUAGAUUUAUGACGAGCUUUCUCACACACACACACACACACACACUCUGUUUGUAUUGUAACUGUCGUUGUGCUAAUAGUGAUGUGGCCUUACUGUAUUUGUUAGGCAUCAUACUGUAUGUAUGUUAACACUUGAUGUGUGAUAUCCACACAGAUUUGAACUGGUGUAUUUGCAGCACACAUUUUUGGAACUUGACCAAGCAGUCAGAGUGACUGUGAAAUAGACUCACUUAGUUUAACACUGGUUUUAUGAAACCCUCUCACAGGAAAUAAAGAACACUUAAGAUUACUGA